AUGCUACUACUAACCACAACUCUUUCACUGAUUUACUUUAGUAUUUACUUCGUAGAUGGUUGUAGCUUCUAUUACGAGCACAAAUCAGAUGCAUGGACAUUUGGCACCGACUUGUGCAGCCAGAAUAUGGCGUUCUACGUUGAUAUGUGCUUCAAUAUAGCCCUAUUCGCUAUCAGUUGUGUCAUCGAUGUGGUGGUAUUCACGCGUUUACGAUCAUCGACCAAAAAGAUGAUGACGACCUCUGCAGCUCAUAUGGAGCAGGCAAAUAAACUGCGGUUAAGGAGGGAAACUCUGCUAUUUGCCCAAGCUAUUCUCAACUCGUUUUUAUAUUCGUUUAUGCUGCUGUGUUUUCAUUUAAUUGCUCAGUUCACGCCCAGCACGUUGGGCCAAUUUUUCUUCAAAACAUUCGUUUGGAGUGUCGCCCACUCAGUCGACGGACUGAUCCUCAUAUACCUCAAUCCGGAAAUUAAGCGACAUCUCGUGGGCAUUCGCCACUUUGUUCAGUUUAUUAAGGAUCCCGUCAGCACCAAUACUGAAAGAAUAGGACCGGUCUAUUCUACAGCAGUCAAAUGA